AUGUCCGCUUCUUCCAUAGAUCAGUUGUCUCACAGUUCCUCAGUUCGUCAGUGGCAUAUUUCUCAGCUUGAUGUUAAAAAUGCAUUCUUGAAUGGAGAUCUUCAAGAAGAAGUUUAUAUGGCACCCCCUCCUGGUAUUUCACAUGACUCUGGAUAUGUUUGUAAGCUUAAGAAAGCAUUAUAUGGUCUCAAACAAGCACCUCGUGCUUGGUUUGAGAAAUUCUCUAUUGUGAUCUCGUCUCUUGGCUUUGUUUCUAGCAGUCAUGAUUCUGCUCUUUUUAUUGAGUGUAAUGAUGCAGGUCGUAUCAUUCUGUCUUUAUAUGUUGAUGACAUGAUUAUUACUGGUGAUGAUAUUGAUGGUAUUUCAGUUUUGAAGACAGAGUUGGCUAGACGAUUUGAAAUGAAGGAUUUGGGUUAUCUUCGAUAUUUCCUGGGUAUUGAGGUAGCAUACUCACCUAGAGGUUACCUUCUUUCUCAGUCGAAAUAUGUUGCAGAUAUUCUUGAGCAGGCUAGACUUACUGAUAACAAGACUGUAGAUACUCCUAUUGAGGUUAACGCAAGGUACUCUUCUUCUGAUGGUUUACCUUUGAUAGAUCCUACUUUAUACCGCACUAUUGUUGGGAGUUUGGUAUAUCUCACCAUCACUCGUCCAGAUAUUGCAUAUGCUGUUCAUGUUGUUAGUCAGUUUGUUGCUUCUCCUACUACUGUUCACUGGGCAGCUGUUCUUCGUAUUUUACGAUAUCUUCGGGGUACAGUUUUUCAGAGUCUUUUACUUUCAUCCACCUCUUCUUUGGAGUUGCGUGCAUACUCUGAUGCUGAUCAUGGUAGUGAUCCCACAGAUCGCAAGUCUGUUACCGGGUUCUGUAUCUUUUUAGGUGAUUCUCUUAUUUCUUGGAAGAGCAAGAAACAAUCUAUUGUUUCUCAAUCAUCCACCGAAGCAGAAUAUCGUGUCAUGGCAUCUACUACCAAAGAGAUUGUUUGGUUACGUUGGUUACUUGCUGAUAUGGGAAUUUCCUUUUCUCAUCCUACUCCUAUGUAUUGUGACAACCAGAGUUCUAUUCAGAUUGCUCAUAACUCGGUUUUUCAUGAGCGCACUAAGCACAUUGAGAUCGAUUGUCAUCUUACUCGUCAUCAUCUCAAACAUGGCACCAUUGCUUUGCCUUUUGUUCCUUCUUCCUUGCAGAGUUUGCUAGAUCAAGUGACUAGGGUUGUCAGGACAGAUGAGAAGAGAAGAAAACAGAAGGAAUUCCAAGUUCAGAGAGAAGACUGUGCUCAUAAGGCUACUGCCAUUUGA